AUGGGCGGCAGUCUCGCGAGAUGUGAACGCGAGCAUUGCGGCUCACCUUGGUACCGCCACCAGGUGAAUCUUCAGGUGAAUGUUCAGGUACGAGGACUCGCUAGCAGCAGCGGGCAGCCCGCAGUAUCUGGAGCACCUCAACCUGCCGCCCUCCUUAGGAGGCCUCCUUAUGAUUCCCUUCUUGAGCGCCCUUCCCCACCUCCCUCCCCCCACGCAUCCCCUAUCCCCAGGUACGAGGACUCGCUAGCAGCAGCGGGCGGCCCGCAGUAUCUGGAGCACCUCAACCUGCCGCCCUCCUGCGCGCCCAUCUACCUCUUCCUCCUCCGUGCGUGCCACCUGCUCCCCGUGCCCGUCUGCACUACGUUUGAGUCGACUCAAAAGCAGAACCUGCCUUUCCAUGCUCUCUUUUCACCUUUCUUGUGUGUAUCCGUCGUUGAUUCCAUGCUGCACAUCAGUGUGCCUGCCACCUGCUCCCUGUGCCCGUCUGCACUGCCUCCUCUUUGUGCCACGCUUCCCUUUCCCAGUCGUCCACUCCCACGUGCCUCCCAUCCCAUCUCCGCACAUCCAGACCAGGCAUGGAGCAGGGGAGCCAAGCCAGCCAAGCGUCGCAUCCACCAGCUGAACGAGCUCGCACGCAAGCUCAGACGCUCCUUGCAUUUCCCUCUGCUGCCCUGCUCCCCCGUCCAUCCAGGCCAGGCACGGAGCAAGGGAGCCUACCAAGCCAGGCACGGAGCUAGGGAGCCCACCAAGCGUCGUGUGCACCAGUUGAACGAGCUCGCGCCCAAGCUCAGACGCACCUUUGCUGCUGCCAGCAUUGCUGCCUCUAGAAAAUCUGUUGCUGCCGCUGCACCUGUCCCUCCAGAUUCCUCUACCUCUGCAGUCACAUCUGCAGCAGCUGGGUGGUCUUGGAGCCUCCACCUGACACAGUGGAUGAGAGGGUACCGGUCACCAUGGGAGGGCAUGCAGGGGGGAGGCGAGCUGCUGACUGAGGGCGAGGAGGAGCUGUAUCGCAUGGGCGGGCGGUUCAGGAGGCGCUUUCCCUCUCUGCUUGGGGGCGUGUAUCACAGCAAGGCGGUGAAACUGUUCUCCACGCAGGUCGCCCGUUCAGCAGCCAGUGCAGUCGCGUUCGCCAUUCUCCUCCUAGAGAACUCCGUCUCCCUCACGCGCGCGCGCCUCAACCUCUUCCAAGGGCGCUCAGCAGCCAGUGCAGUCGCCUUCGCCAUCGGCCUCCUAGAGGGCUCUGGCUCUCUCACGCCCGCUCGCCUCCGCGCCUUCCCGGUAAUUUCUGAAACCCAGGAAGGCGACACGAAGCUUCGUUUCCACAACCUGUGCGGCGCGUACGUGGCUGUGAAAGAGAAUGCACAGGGGCGGCUGGAUGAAGGGUGGGAGGAUUUAUGGGGGGAAAUUGCCCAGGAUAUUAACAAACAGCUUGGGCUAGUCUCUGAAUCACCCGAGGCACAGAAGAGAGAGGAGGGGGUGCGAGGGGAGGUUGCAGGAGAUGGGAAUGAACAGUUGGGGUUGGGGUAUGAUGAGGGGUUGGUGGGGAAUGGAAUGGACGGUCAGGAUGCGGCGCAGGAGGCCGCUGGUGUUGAUCUGACGGCGUAUGAUGUGAGUGGGCUGUGGCUGCAGUGUAAGCACGAGGCAGGGGUGCUGCUGAGAGGAGGAGGGGGUGAUGGGAGAGAAGGAGCGGACGAGGGUGAUCACCAGGGCUCGGCCUCCCGCGCGUGUGGCCUGUUCUCGGCGCGCCACCUGGCGGUGCUGGAGUGGAUUGAUGACGUGGACACGUUCAUGCAGAAGGGGUAUGGGCGGGAGAUUAACUACCACAUGGGUCUAAACCUGCUGCAGGAACUAAGCGAGAGAAUGGUCAAUGCGCGACUUAGGAGGCUGUGGGAGGAAGGGCGCUUGGUGGGGGUGGAAGGGGAGAGGGUAGGGGGAGUUGGGAGAGUUGCGGGAAGUGGGAAGGUGGAGAGGGAAGAGGGGAAGGAGGGGGAAGGGGAUGGGAGGGUAGGGAAGAGGGGGAAGAAGGGGAAGAAAGGGAAGAAGGAGAAGGAUGGGUGGAGGGAUGGGGUGAGGGAGCGGGCUGCUUUGCACUUUGGUCAUGCAGAAACAGUCAUUCCGUUUGCAUGCCUCCUGGGACUGUACAAGCCAGAAUCCCCUGACGAGGGUGUCACUAAAGAGGACGAACGUGCACAUAAGCAAGCCGACAAGCAGGAACAGCAGCAGCAGCAGCAGCAGAAGGAAGGACCCCUCCGUGACAAGUACGAUGUGCUAAUGGCGAAGGUGGCCGCUACAAUCACGCAGCAGUUCGCCCCGCCGGUGCCUCUGCCGCCCGCCCCUCCAUCCCACCGGCGCUGGCAAGCCAGCCAGAUUGCGCCCUACGCUGCCAACACUGCUGUCAUCCUCUUCAGGUGUGGACCUCACGAGUCGCCGGAUGCUGCCUCCAGCUCCUGUGCUUCUCAUGGUGGCGACGGUGGCGGCGGCGGCAGCAGCGGCAGCACCAGUGGUGUUGGAGGAGAGGGGACCAAGGAGACAACUGCCAACAUGGACUUGGACUUGGAUGCUGAUUCGGAGGCUGCAGAGGCGUUGGCAGAUGGCUUCGCAGUGGCAGUGAUGCACAACGAGCGCUUUGUGCCGCUGCCGAUCCCUUACGCUGACUUUGCUUCGUUAUCCAUUCCCGUGUGCAUUUGCUAUCUUGCUUCCUCCUCGCGUCCCUCUGGGCCCCUCUGCGUCCCUCUGUGCCCCUCUGCGUCCCAAUGUGGCCUUCUGCGUCCCAAUGUGGCCUUCUGCGUCCCUCUGUGCCCCUCUGCGUCCCAAUGUGGCCUUCUGCGUCCCAAUGUGGCCUUCUGCGUCCCUUCUGUGCCCCUCUGCGUCCCAAUGUGGCCUUCUGCGUCCCUCUGUGCUCCUCUGCCUCCCUUUGUGCCCCUCUUCCUUCCCCUGUGCCCCUCUGCUUUCCGCUGUGCCCCUCUGCGUCCCUCUGUGCCCCUCUGCCUUCCCCUGUACCCCUCUGCAUCCCUCUGCGUCUCUCGUGUGUCCCCCUCAGCUGUGUGGAGGAAGGGUUGUCUGCCCCUUCGCUACAUUCCAGAAAGCGGUUCUUGA